AUGAGCUCGGCCAAGACGCUCGCGAGCAUCGCUGCUCCCGCCCCCGAGGUCGUCCAGGAGCCCGUCCAGCAGGCGACCCAGCUCUCGUCCAAGCAGAAGGCCAAAAUCGACAGGGGCCUCGUCGAGACUCGCGUCGAGCGCGUCAGGGUCGAUGGCCUGGCCCUCAUGAAGAUCAUCAAGCACUCGCGCGAGUCGCACACGGUCGUCCCGGCGCCGCCCAACACGUCCAACGCGACCGUCACCUUCCAGCCGGCCGUCGGCCAGCUGUUCGGCAUCGACUCGAACGGUACCCUCGAGGUGUCCAACUCGUUUGGCCUCCCCGCCGGCACCUUCUCGGGCCCGCCGACGAGCGCUGGUGACGAGAACAAGGGCAUCAAGGGUGCCGCCAAGUACACGACGCAGAUGGUGAGCCGCAUGGCCGACGUCAACGCCGACGCCGCCGUCGUCGGUUUCUACACGUCGUCCAACAACGGCCAGGUUCUCGCGACGGGCGGCUUUGUCGAGGCGCUCGUCGGCGCCCAGCUGAGCGGCGCCGGUGUCGGCAGCGGCUCUAAGGCGCAGCCGGUCGCGCGUGCGGGCCUCGGCGCUCGCCCGCAGUCGCAGCUCGCGAGCGGCGAGGCGAACAAGGCGGCAAAGGGCAUCGCGCUCGUCUACGACAUCGCGAGUGCGACCCAGGGUGCUGUCGGGCUCAAGGCGUACCGCCUCUCGCAGGCGUUCAUCGACGCGUACCGCUCGGGCAAGUUCGACACGGCCAGCCUCAUUGAGAACAAGCUCGUCCCGACCAACAUCCUCGAGGAGGUGCCCGUCUCGGUCCACUCGUCGGCCCUCCUCACCGCCUUCCUCUCGACCCUGACGGCGCCUUCCCCCGCCGGUCCCUCGUCGCCGCUCUCGACCCCGUCCUUCUCGCCGCUGUCCCUCCCCUCCCCCUCGGCCUCGUCGCACAUCCAGUCGGCGACCGUGCCCGCGCCCCUCACCCAGCCCCUGUCGCACCUCCUCACGGCGCUCGAGACGCACCAGGCGCACCUGUCGACGCUGUCGUUCCAGUCGCGCCAGCUCGCGCGCGAGCGCACGCGCCUCGAGGCGACGCACCCGGCCGUCGCCAAGCGGCGACAGGAGAACGAGCAGCGCGCGCGCGAGGGCCUCGCGCCGCUGCCGCUCACCGACGACGAGGUGCGCGCGGGCCUCAAGGAGCCGAGCCGGCUCGAGACCAUGUGCGCGCUCGCGGCGGUCGAGGGCGCGGCCAAGAGCCUCGCCGAGGCGACGGGCACGGGCGUCGUGCGGGCGUUUGGCGCCAAGGCGGGCGUCGACGGGGUCAGUGCGUCGGCGUAGAACCUGGGUGGUCGUGUUGCUCGAGCGAGCAGGGCUGUGUGUGUUCGUGUCUCCCCCUCCCUUGUAGACUCCCCCUCUCUCUCCCUCUCUCGCUUGGCCGUCCAGCCGCUGCAAAAUGACGGCGCUUCGCCUUCGCACU